CGAAGCCAGAGGCUUAAUGACUGAGCCACCCAGGCGCCCGCCCCAACCCCAUUCUCAAGAAGGAACUACUGUUACCUGUUUCUUACUACUCUCUCAGAGAUGUGCUGUGUGUAUAUGAACUUAAGAGCCAAUGAGCAAAUGUUAACAUUUGUGUCUUAGGCUGUUUUCCCUAACAGGUAUAUCUUGGUGAUGUUAAUACCUGGAGAGUUGUCUCAUUCUUCUGAAUGACCGUGUAAUAUGCUUAAAAUCAAUGCUCCUUAAUUAAUUAACUUGUUCCCCACUGGCAGUUGUUCGCCUGCUUUGAGUCUUUUGCUGGUAUAAGUAAUGCUGUAAUGAACAUUCUCGAAAGUACGUGUUUUGCGCACACAUAUGGGAGUAUGUGUAUACGUUACAGUCUUAGGGGUGGGAUUGCUGGGUCAAAGGGAGUGUACAUUCACAUUUUAACCAGAAUGACAUCAUCAUUCUCCAUGGCAGUUGGACCAGUUCGCACACCCACUAACAGUGUAAAUGCUUCAACCACAGCUUCACCAAUGCAGUGUGUUCUCAAACUCUUUCAUCCUUGCCAUCCGAUAGAUGAAAACUGGUAUAUCUUUGUAGGAUAAAUGUGCAUUCCUCUUGUCAUGAAUGCACUUACUUGCCUGGGGUAUGUGUUGUUCCUGGUUGGGUUUCUCAAUAUUUUCCUUUCUGUUAAGACUCUAUUUCCCUGUUUUUUAUAUGUGUGAACAAUUGUGUUAUUAUCUGUUUUCAUAUCAUGCUGCUAUUCUGGAGUUUACUCUCCAAAGCAAUAAGAUUAAGGAUCAUAUCAUGUGUGUCAUGGAUGCCAGUUACAGUGUACUAUUUCAAAACUUUGUAUAGCCUUUAGAAAUAGUAUAUGUAAUCAAGAGCUUUAACAGCAUUGUUUUGAUCUUCAAGCAAAGACACAUUUAGAUGCCAGAGAAUGACAAAGUAUAGCAGGAAUGCAGGAAAAAUGUCACCUGAGCUGAACACCCAGAUCAAGAGGCCGGGAGGGAGGUCAGAACGGAUCUUCAGAUUUUCAUAGUUAGUUCUUGGUUAUUCCUGGCAAGGAAGACACGAUCAGACAGACCUGCGUAAAGCAAAAGUCAUUUAGUCUGGGUACCUGGGUAUGAUCCGUCCCUCCCUACAGUUGCCCUGCUCGUCCCAUCCCUAGAACCUGCCGGAUUCUUGCCUUUAGUCAAGGGUCCAGGAACAAAAGGAAGGAAACUCCCAGCUCCCAAGAGUAGCACGUGCUCUGAACAGCGGCUCUGGGAGAGAAGUGUGGUGAGGUCGGCCCCCUGCUCCUUGCUGAAGCGCCCACGGACCUGAGAGCUGCUUGUGUUUUUCCAGCCGCAGUUGGGUUUCUGGCCGUGUCCAGUGUCAUCACCAUGUCUGCUCCCUUCUUCCUGGGAAAGAUCAUCGAUGUCAUUUACACAGACCCCACUGUGGACUCCAGCCAUAGCCUGACCCACCUCUGCCUGGUGCUCAGCGGCGUGUUCCUGUGCGGUGCUGCUGCCAACGCUGUUCGUGUCUACCUCAUGCAGACUUCAGGUCAGCGCAUUGUGAAUAGGUUGAGAACCUCCUUAUUCUCCUCUGUUCUGCGGCAAGAGGUUGCUUUCUUUGACAAGACUCGCACUGGAGAAUUGAUUAACCGCCUUUCCUCAGACACCGCGCUCCUCGGGCGUUCGGUGACCGAAAACCUCUCAGAUGGGCUCAGGGCGGGGGCCCAGGCUUCUGUUGGCAUUGGCAUGAUGUUUUUUGUCUCACCUAGUCUGGCCACUUUUGUUUUGAGUGUGGGGCCUCCAGUAUCCAUCCUUGCUGUGAUUUAUGGACGUUAUCUACGGAAACUAACCAAACUUACGCAGGAUUCCCUGGCACAAGCCACUCAGCUAGCUGAGGAACGUAUUGGAAAUAUAAGAACUGUUCGAGCUUUUGGGAAAGAAAUGACUGAAAUAGAGAAAUAUGCUGGCAAAAUGGACCACGUGAUGCAGUUAGCAAGGAAAGAAGCGUGUGCUCGGGCUUUCUUCUUUGGAGCAACAGGGCUCUCCGGGAACCUGAUCGUGCUUUCUGUCCUCUACAAAGGAGGGCUGCUGAUGGGCAGUGCCCAGAUGACCGUGGGUGAACUCUCAUCCUUCCUACUGUAUGCUUUCUGGGUUGGAGUGAGCAUUGGAGGUCUGAGCUCUUUCUACUCGGAGCUGAUGAAAGGGCUGGGUGCCGGGGGCCGCCUCUGGGAGCUUCUUGAGAGAGAGCCUGAGCUGCCUUUUAAUGAAGGGGUCAUUUUAAACCAGGAGAGCUUCCAGGGCACUUUGGAGUUUAGGAAUGUGCACUUCAGCUAUCCAGCUCGCCCGGAGGUGCCCAUAUUCCAGGAUUUCAGCCUCUCCAUCCCAUCCGCAUCGGUCACGGCGCUGGUUGGCCCAAGUGGUUCUGGCAAAUCAACAGUGGUGUCCCUUCUGCUGAGGUUGUAUGACCCCGUUUCUGGAACUAUCAGUCUUGAUGGCCAUGAUAUCCGUCAGCUAAAUCCAGUCUGGCUGAGAUCCAAGAUUGGGACAGUGAGUCAGGAACCAAUUUUGUUUUCUUGCUCUAUUGCUGAGAACAUUGCUUACGGUGCAGACGACCCCUCCUCAGUGACGGCGGAGCAGAUAGAAAGAGUGGCUGAUGUAGCUAACGCAGGUGCUUUCAUCCGAGACUUCCCCCAAGGAUUCAACACUGUGGUCGGAGAAAAGGGCGUUCUCCUUUCAGGUGGGCAAAAACAACGGAUUGCGAUUGCCCGUGCUCUGCUUAAGAAUCCCAAAAUUCUUCUCCUCGAUGAAGCAACCAGUGCCCUGGAUGCUGAAAAUGAGCACCUGGUGCAAGAAGCUCUCGACCGGCUCAUGGCAGGAAGAACAGUGUUAAUCAUUGCCCACCGUUUGUCCACCAUUAAGAAUGCCAACAUGGUGGCUGUUCUUGACCAAGGAAAGAUUACAGAAUGCGGGAAGCAUGAGGAACUGCUUGCAAAACCAGAUGGGAUAUACCGAAAAUUAAUGAACAAACAGAGGCUUGUUCCAGCAUAAAGGAGCAAUGAUCGAUAACGUGAACAUGAGAGACUUUAGAGCAAAACAUCGUUGCAGGAAAAAAAACUUAGGGAUGGUAUCUGAUCUGUAAAUCAUACUUCAGGUUAUUUAAAAUACGCCUAUUUUUUCCAAGGUGGGGAAAAUAUUGUUUUGAGAUGUACCUGUUCUCAAUACCUUUCUAUUCAGAGUUUUAAUAAUUGUGACUUUCUAAAUACACUGAAAUUAUCUUCAGGUUUUUUACUUUCUUUUAUCCUGGAAUACCUUAAUUAAUAUAACAUGGCACCUCAUUUUAUUUUUUUUUACCGGCUCUUACAGAUUGAAGCUAUUGUCAAAUGACAACUUUUAAAAGGGGGUUGUAAGUAAAAAGCCUAAAUUGUUUUAGGUGAUUUGCCAAUCAGUCUGUAAUUCUCUUGGUAGUAUUUACCUGCAUUGUGUCUGAUUUUAUUAUAAGAUGAAAUCUUCCCUUUUUAAAAUUCUGAUAAUCUCUUGAAGGGAACCUGAAAUACAGACAUAGAGGAAUAGUUAGUGUCACAUGGAGAGAAGGGAACAUCUAUGUUCCCCAUAUCCUGUAUCUUCAGGGGUAUGAGACCUUAGAAAUGUGUGUUCCUCUGGGAGGAAACUGUGUUUGGAUGUGUGUGAUUUUCAGCAUUUUUAGCACAUGAAAGCCUGAUCAGUUUUAAAAGGGGAAGAGGCCCAUCCUUUGAAUAUGGAAACUUCUAUUUUAAUUAUUCACACAUUUGUUACUUUGGAAAGCCAGGCAUGAACUGCUAGGUAUUAACAAGGGGUAAAAAUGAAUUUUUGAUGCCUUUUUCUUGUUUUAUGUGAAGGCCUGUAUUUUGAAGAUUAUCUUUUAAAAAUUCAUAAUUUCUACCAAAUUUUAGGUUUUAUCAGUUAAAUACUUUUGAAAGUUCAUUCAAUGAGGCAAAAAACCUAAAUAAAUGUAAUUUCAACCUUAAAACAUUUGAAGAAAGUUUAGUUCUUCCUAUUAUAUGUAAUAUCAAGAAACUCUCAGAACUUGUUACUCUUCUGAAAAAAGGACAAUAACCCUUUUUAUUUAAGGCUAUAGUUUUUUCACUCAAAUGCCUCAGAAUUCUGAAAGCAAUGCUGAUAACUAUUAGAUUUGCCAUACUUCAAAUCAGUGCUGUUAAUUUGCUCUGCCUCGAGAAAAAGUGCUUUUUCUUACAUUGAUAAUGCCAGAACUUAAGAAAUAACUAUGUUGAUGUAAUUAAAAUAGAAGUUUGUCCGUGUCCUAAGUAUUGAUGAGUUCACUGAUUAUUUCAUGACAAGCGUGUCAUAUUAUAAUUCAUUCUACAUAAGGGAAUUUAUUAUUGAAUAAAAUGAACUCAGUGAGUAAAUGAACUCCAUGUUCUUUGUAUUAGGAAACAAUACAUCUGUGACAAUCAUUUUAACAAGCUUUACUUGUAUUCUUUAUACAAUUUGCUAUUAUGGUGUGGUUUUCAGAAAGCAGACAAAACAAUUACAAGGCUGGAUCUGAGGGAAAUCUCUUUGUGCCAUAGAAGUAUUUACAAAAUUGAAUUUGAUCAUUUUAUUUUAUUUUCUAAUACAAGAUGUUCAAUUGUGUCUUUAGGGAACAUUUUUUAUCCUGGAUUAAAAUUUAUAGUGAA